CAUAUACCGGAGACGAGAAUAAAGCAGUUUGAGACAUGCGUUCAACGCGAGGUGCAGAUUCAGGACCCCAUCAAUGCUCAGUUUGUCUGAGGCGCUAUAAGCGACGAGAACACUUGCAGCGCCAUUCUAGUUCACAUACCUCGGAACGUCCGUAUAAAUGUAGCUCGUGCGGGAGUGCCUUUCAGCGGGCUGAUGUGCUCAAGCGUCAUAUAGGUACCUGCGGCGGCAGAGUCAUUGGGCUGUCCAAGGUUACUUCCAGAAGGCGUGCUUGCGACCGUUGUGUUCAUCAAAAGAAAGCCUGCGAUUCCCAUCAACCAUGCCGGGGCUGUUCCAAGAAGGCUGUAGACUGCCACUAUAGCGGACGUCUUGCAAGGCCGAAUGAAGAGCUCAAGCCGUCUGAACCCGGCAUAUUGAUGCCGUUUGGAAUGUCAGCAGAGUCGGAAGACAUUGCAACGAGGCUCAAUGACGACGAAUCGCUUGACCCGGCUUUGUUCAACUUCGACUCCAGCUGGGAGGAUUUCCUGGCCAUUCCCGAGAGCCCACUCGUAUGCCGGCCUCCUAGCACGAGCGCGGAUAAUCUUGAUUCUCUUCACUUUCUCGACCGGUUCACAAGCUGCACUGGCUUUGUUGAAACUUUCGACUGUGGAACUCAAGAGCAGAGAGAGCAGGUAGUCACCAAGGUGGAACUCGAAGUCGCAUAUGAACAACAUCAGCCAGAGUUACCGAGAGAGACUUCGAUCGGUAUCGACAUUGGAAGCACUCUUCCCCAACAAUGGCUACUUGACCCUCUCUCAUUGAAAACCCACCAGAUUCUCCUCUUGGUCAAGGAAAUUGUCACAUUGAAGCCGCGCAACAGUGUCGUAACGUUGGAGUGGACGCCAGCGACAGAGGAAGCAUGUCUGAAAUUCUUCUCACCCACAAACCUCCGCAGGUUCCUCGAGCUAUACUGGGCGAUCUGGCAUCCCAAUGUGAACUUUGUCCACCGUCCCACCUUUAAUCCUGUAUCAGCCAGCUCGACCCUUCUGGCUGCCAUGGCCAUGAUCGGGGCUCUUGUUUCGCCUCAUCUGCCGGACAAUGAAAAUGCGAAGAUGUGGUCCAAUUGUGUUGAGGAGAUGGUUUUCAUCAACGACGACUUCAACAGUAACUAUCUCUCUGGUGGACUGGCUACGCAUCGACAGAAGAUACAGGCUCUUCAGGCUGCAUAUAUGGUCUGUCUUUAUCAGAACUGGGAAGGGACCGAUGCCAGUAAGAGUAGGAUUCGUCGGUAUCGAUUCGCUACACUUGUAUCUACCACGCGAGAUAUAAAUAUCACCACUGCAAGACAUAUAUGCUACAGCAGCCAGGCGAGAUUCCAGUUCGAAUGGAGCGAAUUCGCCGCUCGAGAAGAGCUCAUCCGUAUCUUCACUUGGAUAUUUUUGCUUGACACAGCGUUUGUUAUAUUCAACAACAUCCCACCUCGAAUAGCACUGCAGGAGAUGAAGAUGCACAUGGCUGUGCCAGAGGCGUGUUUUCAAGCCACCACAGCAGAUGAAUGCUACGACCAGGUACAAAUACAUCUACCAGAGAGCAGUUAUUACUGGAAAAUGUCAUUCCGCUGCGCUUUUAGGAAUCUUUGUAAAGAACAUCUCGCGGGAGACUUGCGUGCAGCGUUGGCAGCACUGGGACCGUUGAAUCUAUUUGCAUUGGCAUCAGCCAUACACCCCCUGUUAUUCCAAUACCGAAAUUCAUUCGGAGACUUUCAACUCCUUCUCCCAAUACGCAACGCACUCCGAAACUGGAAAGACGCAUGGCAGCUUUUCGCCGAAAUAGCUUCCCCAGACACAUCACCGCAUGUCACCAUUGAUGACAGGGGCUUAUGGCCAGAGACCAUGUGGAAAAGGGUCGGAUUUUGCCGCUACUGUCCAGAAUACUGGUUAUUGGCCAGCUUGAUGGCGGAGCAGCUUGCCGGAGCUCGCAGUCGGCAGCGGCAGGAGAACAAUAGCAAACGGGGUGGACGGGAUGAACAUGAACUGGAACCGGUUGAUGAUGAGCCUUUGGAUCCUGUGUUGGGGAAAUAUGACCAGACGAGUCUGCGUCAGAUUAAUAGCUUGAUUCUGGGGUUUCGGCAGCUUCAGGUUUAGGGAUUUCUUCAUGUUGUCAAUCUGUUGUAGUGAUCAGGUUUGUUCAGUGAGGAAAGGAAGGUAACACAGAUAUUCUAUUUUCAUAGUCCUUGAAGAAAGUUUCAAGUGUGCACUGUGUGCGUGGACAUAUACACCGCAGGGAGGACAAAAUAG